AUGCAGAGGCGUCUCUGCUCUGUCCUCGGCGGUGACAGCCCCCUGACAGGCGGACCCCAGCAGCACGCCUUGUUUAUGCUAAUGCAGGUGGCCCGGGCCAGCUCCCACACUGAGAGCGCAGAUAGAGACGUCAGAGAGUCGUCAGAGUGGCACUCUCACCUCUCCCUGAGCCGCCUGGGAUCUCUGAGCUUGCAUGUUUGGGAUUGGCUGCUGAGGGACACCCGGGGUGAGGGAGAUGAGUUAG